UCCAUUCAGCCAAACGCUAGCUCUUAGCCUGGCUCUCCGUCUUUCACUUCACCACACCCCUACCGUCACUGUUCUUCAUCGGCAUCUUCGCCGUCUCUAGCCGACUUUUAUCGACAGAGCCUCGUCCUCUACGUUUGCCCGACCUCAGGAGAAAUCAGUACUGAGGCCGGCACUUAGGCAAUUCACAUCCGCCAGGCCACUCCAAAUCCUAUUACAGGCUUCCCUCACGACCACUCCUCCACCAUGUCUCCCCCAAAAUACGACCUCCAACCCCUCUACUACGCCGGCAAACGACAACCCACCUCCUCAACAUUCCAAUCCAUCGACCCCUCCACCAACACUCCCAUCGCCACAAUCUGCAAAGCCGACAAAUCCUCCAUCGACGCCGCCGUCAAAUCCGCCCAACAUGCCUUCCCCGUCUGGUCCGCCCUCUCCCCCAUGGAACGUUCCCGCAUCCUCCUCAAAGCCGUCGCUCUCCUCCGACAAGAAAACGACUCCCUCGCCACCAUCGAAACCCACGACACCGGCAAAGCCUUUUCCGAAACCUCAACCGUCGACGUCGUCACGGGCGCCGACGUUCUCGAAUACUACGCCAACCUCAUUGCAUCCGGCGGUCUGAACGGCGAAACCACUCACCAUCGCCCCGACGCUUGGAUAUACACCACCAAGUCCCCGCUCGGCGUCUGCGCAGGCAUCGGAGCCUGGAACUAUCCCAUCCAAAUCGCCCUGUGGAAGUCCGCACCUUGCCUCGCCGCGGGUAACACAAUGGUCUACAAACCGUCCGAAUUCACCCCUCUCCACGCCCUCCGGCUCGCUGAAAUCUACACCGCCGCUGGCGUACCUCCAGGAGUCUUCAACGUCGUCCAAGGUGCCGGAGAUGUGGGCGCCAUGCUCACCUCCCACCCAGCAAUCCAAAAGGUCAGCUUCACCGGCCAAGUCAGCACAGGCGCCAAAGUCGCCUCCUCUGCCGCAGCAGGGAUGAAAUACGUCACCAUGGAACUCGGCGGGAAAUCCCCCUGCAUCAUCCUCCCCGACGCCGACCUCGAAAACGCCGUGCAAGCCGCUCUGCUCGCGAACUUCUUCUCCACCGGACAAGUCUGCACGAACGGCACAAGAGUCUUCGUCCCGCAAUCCCUCCUCCCCGCUUUCGAGAAGCGCUUGCUCGAAGAAAUGAAAAACAUCCGACCCGGCGACCUCUUCGAUCCAAACACCAAUUUCGGCCCACUCGUCUCCAAAGUCCACCAUGCAAAGGUACAGCAGUACAUAUCCCACGGCAUCAAAGUUGACGGCGCAAAACUCCUCGCCGGCGGGCUUGGACUUCCCGAUAACCUACCAGCCGGCGCGAGUAAAGACGGCUUCUGGACCAAACCCACCGUCUUCACAAACUGCACCGAUGAAAUGCUCAUCGCCACCGACGAGAUUUUCGGACCGGUGAUGUGUAUCCUUCCUUACUCCGACAGCACAACCUCCCCUCCCACACUUGGCCAGGAUCCCACAUGGCUGGCCCCUCUCAUCGCCCGCGCGAACAAUACUCGCAUGGGUCUCGCGGCGGGGAUAUUCACCAAGGACAUCGACUUGGCGCAUAAAAUCAUCGCAAAGCUAGAAGCGGGCAUCACAUGGAUCAACACGUGGGGUGAAAGUCCGGCGGAGAUGCCGGUGGGUGGAUGGAAACUGAGUGGGUUGGGGGUGGAGAAUGGACGAAAGGGGUUGGAGAAUUGGGUGCAGAAUAAGAGGUGGAACGAGGGAAGUGAACAGUCCAUCGUCUUCGCGGACAGUGUCAUGAUCUCAACAUAG